AUGGCGGCGGCAGCGCAGAGCUCCGCGCUCGCUCCCUGCCUGCCUCCGCGCACCGCGCACCGCCAGCAGCCCCGCAAGAUGGCGGCGCCGAGCCACGUCCCCAGCCGGAAGCGCCGUCACGCACGGCGCGCGGGGCGGCCAACCGGAGACAGCGCCGCUCCAGCUAACCGGAGGCAGCGCCGCGGAGACAGCGCCGCGGAGACAGCGCCGCUCCAGCCAACCGGAGGCAGCGCCGCUCCAGCCAACCGGAGACAGCGCCGCGGAGACAGCGCCGCCCCAGCCAACCGGAGACAGCGCCGCGGAGACAGCGCCGCUCCAGCCAACCGGAGACAGCGCCGCCCCAGCCAACCGGAGACAGCGCCGCCCCAGCCAACCGGAGACAGCGCCGCGGAGGCAGCGCCGCUCCAGCCAACCGGCGGCGGGCGCGUCGCCAUGGCGACAGCGGGACGGCGGGCGCCGGAGACUCGUCUGGUCGAGAACCGUCCGUACGACGAGACCCUGGAGCUGCUGGAGGCCGAAGAGGCGGGCGGCACGGCGGGGAGGCCAGCCGGGGCCCGCCCCCGGGGAUUCCACCGGCCGGGACUGCCCGCGGCGGGCGGCAACGCGGCCGAUCGCAGCACAGACGAGGAGGGCAGCGGCGGCAAGGAGGAGGCGGUCGCCUCCGCUGCCCUCAGCGACGACGACUCGGAGGAGGAUUCUUCCGAGAGCGACUCGGAAGACGACUCGGAUGAGCACGGGGCUGCGCUGGAGGGUGAUUUGAAUCUGGCAGAUUAUGGCUACCUGCCAGUGUCCUCUGAAAUCAAAGAGCUGUUUGAGUACAUCAAAAGGUACACUCCCAAGGCAACAGAAAUUGAACACAAACUGCAGCCUUUUAUUCCAGACCUUAUUCCUGCUGUUGGGGACAUUGAUGCAUUCCUAAAGGUUCCCCGUCCCGAUGGCAAGCCAGAUAACCUCGGCCUGCUGGUGUUGGAUGAGCCUUCGACCAAGCAGUCAGAUCCCACGGUGCUCUCUCUUUGGCUGACAGAGAACUCCAAGCAGCACAACAUCACUCAGCAGAUCAAAGUGAAGAGUUUGGAAAAUGCAGAGAAGAACCCCAAAGCCAUUGAGGGCUGGAUUGAGAGUAUCAGUGAGCUGCACCGUUGCAAACCUCCUGCCACAGUCCACUAUACCAGGCCAAUGCCUGACAUUGAGACCUUGAUGCAGGAGUGGUCACCAGAGUUUGAGGAGCUCUUGGGAAAGGUGGGCCUCCCGACAGCAGAGAUGAGCUGUGAGCUGGCCGAGUACAUCGACAUGAUCUGCGCCCUUCUGGACAUCCCUGUCUACAAGAGUCGACUCCAGCCCCUGCAUGUCCUCUUCUCCCUCUACUCAGAGUUCAAGAACUCACAGCAUUUCAAGCCCCUGGCUGGUGGGAAGAAGGGCAGGAGCUCACCAUCCGACCCACCUUCACGAGCAGCAGACCCCGAGGUGUUAAGCUGUACCUGAAGCAUCAUGUUAAACCUUCAUUGCCUGGAUCAGUGGCUGCUGCUGCUGGACAUCAGCAUUUGACCAGAGCAGCCCAGGCAGCAGCACUCCAUGCUCCAGCAGCCUCUGGUUUUUACAGACACUGCUGAGCUGUUUGACUCACCACAUUUAUUGCAGAAGAUGCCUAAUUCACCACAUUUAUUGCAGAUGCCUAAUUGCUCCAUUUUUGUCUCAUUCUCAAGAAGCUCAGCAUUAAACCAGCUUUUCUCAGUGACAA